UGGAAAAAAAUAGACUGGUUGUGGUUUGAAUAGACUCAGGACGACUAUAAAACGGCUUUCUUACACAUUGUGUUUAUGUAGUCAAGAAAUAUUCCGUAACGUACAGACGGAGAUGAAGGAGUGAGGACCGGUUUGCGUGGCUCCUAAGAAUCGUUUGUAUUGCGGCUCGCAAGCAAACUUUGUGUGAAGGGCGCGCGGAGAUUUAUUUGUGGAGAAGUUUGCCAUUGCCAUCCCUCUGAAACUUUAACUCUUGCAUUUUCUUAAAUCUUGCACACUUAUACAGUAUAAGCCUUAUGUUAUUUUAAUUGUAAAAAAAAAAAAAAAAAAAAAAAAAAAACGGCAGUUAAAGAUAGUUGUCUUGUGAGUCGUAUGUCUAUCCACUCUGUCUCCUCAAGUCAAAAACAUCUGCUUUCAAGAUAAGCAGUGCAGUAUUAGGUGAGAUAUUUCGCUGGCUGUACUGUUAAUUUCGCUGGCACGGUUGAGAUGGGCGCGUGUGACGAGCGCUCGGUUUACCGAAGAUCUUUCCUCUUGUGGACUCUCCUGCUGCUGAUGACACUGGAGCUGACAUGGGUUCAUGGGACAUGGGGACCCGGAGUUUACAAAUACCAAACCGGGACAGCACUCAACAAAGAUCAGUCAAAAAGGAACUGGUGUCCACAGACAGUGACUAAGACAGUGACAUGUCAGGUUCAGAAUGGAACCACUCUUCAGAGAGUGUACCAGACCUGCAGGUGGCCUCAAGGCUGCAAUGGGGGAAGCUACCGCACUGUGGUCCGUCCAUCCUAUAAAGUCGUGCACCGCACCAUCACCUCUCUAGAGUGGAAAUGUUGCCCAGGAUACAGCGGAUCUCAGUGUGAGGAAGGGUUAUCAAGUAACCUGGUUGCCCAGGAGGCUGUAAGGAAACAUGCUACACUUCUGAAACCUGCUGUUAAAACAGGAGAGCAACUCUCUAACUGUCUAAACUGCAGUCAUAUCACUGCCCUCACAGAUCGUGUGAUCUCUCUGGAGACCAAGGUUCAGCUUCUUACUGCACCUGCCUCCUCCUCUCAUAAGCACACACAGUUAAAAAAUGGACCUGAAUCCUCCACUCUGAUGGGGGCACCACCUGCUAAAGGUGCUCCUGGGGCUCAGGGUCCUGCAGGUCCACAGGGCGAGAAAGGCAGAAAUGGCUUACCUGGUAAAGAUGGUAAACCAGGGUCUCGAGGUCUGCCAGGACCUAAAGGAGAUGCGGGUGUCAGAGGUCCAUCUGGAGCUCCAGGGUCGAAAGGAACAUCUGGCCCUCCAGGUCCGCAGGGACCACCGGGCCUCCCAGGAGACAGGGGCCUCCCUGGGCCACCCGGCCCUCCUGGGCUCCCUGGACCUCCAGCCCCUGCUCCUGAACAAGAUGCUGGCCAGAAAAAAGACAGCCUCCUCCAUAACAACUUCCCUGACCUCCAAGUGACCCCUCCACAUGGACCACCAGGUCCACCUGGACCCACAGGACCUCCAGGACCAAUUGGACCACCAGGCCCUAUCGGACUGACUGGAAAGCCAGGAGCUCCUGGUUUGCAAGGCCCUGUGGGGCCAAAGGGAGAACGAGGAGAAAGAGGACCUCUUGGAUAUCCUGGAGAGAGAGGGUUUAAGGGAGAACCGGGAGAAUCGGGACCUAAAGGAGAGUCAGGGGAAAAAGGUCUUCCGGACUUUAAUUUGAAGAAGUUCCAAGACUUGCAGGCUGACUUAGAGCUGCUGGCUCGCAGGGUGCAGCUGCUGGAGGCGAUCAUCUGGCCAGAACCAGAUCUAGGGUCAGGAGAUGGUCUAUUUGGCACACCGUCUCCAGACGUCUACCGGAUUAAGAGGGCAAGAAUUUCAUCAUUCCGGGUCAGCUCACCCUUAAUCACCGCUGAGACCAAGGUUCAAGGGAAGUAGUCUUCAUAUUCCAAAGAGUGAAGCCAUUGUUUCCUUCUAGAUUCCAUCAUCUGUAAGUCAGCUGAACUGGUAACACCUAAGCAAGUCUCCUGAAACACACAUUUUACAGAUCCAAUAACCAGCUGUGAUAACUGCUUUGGAAUAUUCCAUUUAAUCAAAAAGGGGGAGACACCUCAGGGAAGACCAAAUGGUGCUGUAUCAAUUAACCACCUCUGAUGGGACUCUGUAGGUUCCUAGCACCUCUCCUCUGGAAAAUUAUGUGCACAAUGGUUUGCCUUCUUGUUGUGUCACUCUUAAAUAACCAAAUGAAAAGAAUCAGCCUCAGAAGGAAUACUUCAACCUAUUGUCAUAUACUCAUUUAACAUGAAAAAGGAAAUAAACCUGUUUUAAAAUAUGAAAUAUAUAGAAACUGUAUUGAGGCUUGUACAAUUGUCUAAACAUGCAUGGGCAAGAAGGGUACAUGGAGAUGAAGAACAGUUUAGUGAGAGUAUCAAACAAAACAUUAUUAGUUUUUCCAGCUGCUAAGAGCUCAUAACUUCAGCAAAUUUUACUGUAUAAGGAAAAUGCACAUAUUCAACACAAAUAAAUGAAAACAAAAUUGUUAUUCAGCCAAACUCCACAAUGACGAAAAACUGAAAUUCAUUUUAUAUUCUCUUUUUGACAUUAAAUGCACUAUGUAAGAUAGAGAAACACUUUGUUUUUCAAAGAGGAAGGACAUAAAUGUCCAAUCUGAACAUGUGUAAACUUUAAUAUUGCAAAACUCAAUAAUAGAAGAAUGCCUUUGUAUUUUUCUCCCUCAUAGAAGUGGACUGAAACUGUAGCUAGAUUUGGAUUAGCGAAAACAUAUUAUGUGCGUCUGUUUUUUAUAUAUAUAUAUAUAUAUAUAUAUAUAUAUAUAUAUAUAUAUAUAUAUAUAUAUAUAUAUAAAAUUUGCUAAAAGAUGUCAGUGAGCAGGGGUUUAUGUGGUUCUGAAUUAUAUUUUCAGAUUCUCCUCUUUUUAAGCAUAGGCAAAUAAUUAUUACACAAAAUUAAAAAUAACAGAAUCCCUCAAAAAAAAAAAAAAAUGCAAUUGCAUGAAGUAGAGAAGUUUGUGUCUCAAAACCUGAUAUAAGGGGAAGUAUGAAAAGUAAACAUGGAACUUGAAUUCUGUUUUUGCGUUUCAUGCACGCCUUUCCAUCACAGUUAUGUGCACAUAGGACUGAUUUCCUUCCUCAAGAACUUUCUUUCCAUGACUGUCUUUGUAUUCCUAUAUAAAUAUUGUUAUAUUAAUUAUUUAUAGAUGAUUAUUAGCAGUUGAUGUUUUCCUUAUUCUCUAUAUUAAUUAAUGUAUCAUCACUUGUAUUUUUCCAUUUUAAAACUGUGUGAAUUUGUCUUGCCAGUGUGCAGUCUUACCAAAUGUUGUUAAAAACAAAAUAAACUUUGUUGUGUGUUUCUUUUGUAAUACAA